GUUGUCUUUAGAGCCAGAAUGUGACUGCCCCCUUGUGUUGUGAAACACAAAGGGAAACGUUCAGCGAGGCCAGAGCUAGGUUAUUGAUGAGUUCACAGCACCCCCUAAUCCAGUGCUUUAGACCUCACUGGGAGUAACUAUCGUUUUGGUUAGUGUCUACUGCCUCCUCUAGAGAUCUGAUAAUGUGAAGUAUGACUGGAAGUUGCACGGAGUCACAGACUUAAAGAUGUCAUUAAUCAUAUGGUGCUAAAACAACUGCAGUUGCGGUGUAAUUUGUAUGUCGAUUAAGGUCUUAUGGGUAUGUGCAGGUGCGGUAUGUACACGUACUUGCCGUACAGCAAAGGUGGCUCCCAGAUGGUGAAGAUCGCCUUCUGGACACCAGCUCACGGCUUCAAGCUCCUCUCUUCUGUCUCCUUUUUCCAGGACAAAUUCCAAAAGUUUGUUGUUCCAUAUAACUGUUAAACGAUAAACAUUAAUUUUCUUAAUUAAUAUUUACUUUUAGUAAUCUACUGGCAAACUUUGAAUAUUGAGAAUUCUCAGAAAUCUCCACACAUAGCGUUUUCGCUAAAUACUAUUGCAAUGGACGUUUUUAAAGUUUCUACGGUGCCAAAGUGAACGUGACAUCCGAACCCUACAUGCCUUACUGGGACGAGGAAGAGGUGCUGGCCGCUGAUGGUUCCAAGACAAUCGUGUACCGUGGCUCUGACUACCGCAUGGUGGAUGCUAUUGCCUCGGCUCUUAAUUUUACUGUCCGCGUCCUUCCGACGUCAUCGUGGACUGAGGUAACAAGUCUGGUGGAGCAGAAGACUUCACUGAUAUCUCCAGUUAUUCAUAGUAUCCUACCUGAGCGAGUCGAAAAAUUUGACUUCACUUACUUAUUUGAAAAUUCAUAUGGGUCAUUUGGCUUGGCUAAACCCAACCUGGAGCCUCGAUGGAAAAGCAUUUACUAUCCUCUGUCUACUGCAGUGUGGUCAGCAAUGGUUGGGCAUGUUGUCUUCUUGCCAUUCCUUUUGUGGCAGCUCAUUCGUGCAGGACAUGAUAGACACCCAAACGUGGGAGUGGGGGCAGUGUUCCAGGACAUGGUGGGGAUGCUGCUCGGCCAGAACCUUCCUCGCAGGCUGUCCUAUACCUCCUCCAGCAGGGUUCUGGUGGCUGCCUGGCUGGUGUUCGCCCUUAUUCUCGGGGUGGCCUACCGCGGCAAUUUAACUGCCUUUCUCACUCUUCCCAAGUAUCCUCCGCGCCCAGAGACACUCAAGGAAAUCGUCGACAGCGUUGACAUGUAAUGUGUGCCGGUAAUUGUUUAGUACAUUCAGGGCGGAGAAGAAAUUCAUCCUGCUUUAAAAGUACAAUGCAUAUUAAAGAAAGAUACUUGGGUUACAAUCAUCUUAUUAUUCAUUGUUACUAUUUAUGAUAA